AUGGCUGAUGCAAAGACAACCCCUAAGAAGAAGGCUGCCAAAAAGGCAACUCACCCAACAUACAAUGAAAUGAUUAUCAACGCCAUCACUAACCUGAAAGAAAGAAAAGGUUCUUCUCGGACGGCUAUCCUGAAAUUUAUCUCCAGUGAAUACAACGUCAGCGAUAAACAAAGUACCGUGAAUCAUCAACUGAAAUUAUCUCUGAAGAAGGGAGUAAGUGACGGUACAUUGACCCAAGUGACAGGCACUGGUGCCGCUGGAUCAUUUAAAGUUGCUAAGUCUGCACCUAAGCCCAAGAAGAAGGUCCCCAAGAAGGCCGCCAAGAAAGUGGUCAAGCCCAAGGUAGCUAAAAAGGCUGGCGCGAAGAAGGCAGCUAAAAAGCCAGCCCAGAAGAAAUCUCCCAAAACAAAGAAACCUGCGGCCAAGAAACCAGCAGCUAAAAAGAAGCCAGCAGCUAAGAAACCAGCGGUCAAGAAAACCAAUAAACCGAAAGUUAAGAAAGCCGCUAAGAAGGCCGCCAAAAAGUAA